CUACAAAGACUCAAAAUCUAACGUUGAAUUCUUUAUUUUCUCUCUCUAAAAUACGGAAUCUUCUUCCUCCGUUCUCCGAUCUACUUCUCCUCUCCGACUCAGGUGAUUAUUGAUGUUGGGGAUCUUAGAAGCCAAACAUGGCAUUUUUGUGGAGCGGUGCUCUCGAGGUUGCGUUGUACAAAUGUUCCGAGUUCUGGAUGAGGAAUUUUAUGGAUCUUGGAAAGAUGUGAAGGAAUUUUUCUGAGAUAUUAAGCUUGGAGCUUCGUGAUUACAAUAAUAAAAGUUUUAAUAUUUAUUCUUGUUGUUGUUGUUGUUGUUGUUGUGGUGACUAUUGGGGUUUGAAGGAUGAAAUGCCAAGGCUGGGUUUGUCAUGAUUGGGUCUCCGUUGAAGGGAGAAAUCCCCUGAAUUUGAAAGGACAGUUUUGAAGCUUCUUGUUUGGAAUUGAAUUGUAAAAAGGGGAUUUAUGAAGGGUUUGGUUUACGCGCUAAUUUGGGUUUAGAUCAAACAAGGAUAGGGUUUCCUAAUUGGGUCUAUGUUGAACAAGAUAUGAUUGUUGGAGCUUAUCUUUUUAGUUUUGAAGGGAGAAUUUGCAAAUCUCUCUUUGCUUGUGUUGGUGGUGGAAAGUGGAGCACUUGGAGACUAAUUCUGAAUUUGGUUGCAAACAAGAUUGAGGAAAAGAAGUGAAAACAUUAAUCUUACAGCUGUUGGGAAUGGGAAGGGCUAUAAAGAGCUAGUUUACGCAGAGUAGUUGCAUUGGAAACCUAGCUACAUUCCAGGUGGCUAUAUCUAUUAGCAGAACCUUGGGAGGACUUCUAAAAAGGGACACCAGUCAUUAACUCCUGUGUCAUUGCAAAAGGGAAUGGUCGUUCAUUAUGGAGAUGGCAGAGGUCAAUACUGGAGGUUCCCAUUCCAAUGAGAAGCAAACUUUGGAGUGUUCAGCAUCCGCUAAUGAACAAAAGGAGCCCAUGGAAGCGAACACCUUUGUAUUCAUCAACCAUGCUGCAAUUGCUUGGCAUGACAGGAGAAGAGAGUGGGUUGGAGAUCAAUCCCAAAAGUCACAAAGAAAGCAAAAGGAUCCAAUUAUAAGCUGGUCAAUGACUUAUGAGGAUUUGCUCUCAACUAAUGAGCCUUUUUCAGAGCCAAUCCCUUUGACUGAGAUGGUAGAUUUUUUAGUUGAUAUCUGGCAAGAUGAGGGGCUGUACGAUUAAUUCUAGUGGAAGGUUGGACAUGCUCUAUUCCUUUCUAGCAGCUGAUUCUUCCAUUUCUUGAUCAUAUGAACUCUGAAAAGCCUCUGCUAAACUUCAAUUAACUCCCAAUGGAGCCAAAAUUGAAUUUUUAUUUUUGGCUUCUGAUUAAAAUUUAGACAGCAAUUUGAACAGUAUAGCUCUCUCAUUUAUAGGACAGAAAAAUUGAUUAUUACACGAUGUUGUUGUUGCUGUUUUAUUAAGACACUUGAAAGAGAUUCUUACUGAGUCAUGGACUCAUGACAUUUCUUUGGUAUUUUUUUGGUGAUCUUUGAAUGAGUUAUCUGAAGAGCGGUGUUAAAUGUUCUUGGUAUAAAAUACAGACAUGAUAGGAAUAAAAAUGAAGGUGAAUUACAAUA